GAAAUAAAGACUAAAAAUAAGAAACGAGAACUACAAUGUGUGUUGCCAGAGGAAAAGACUCUGUGGUAGCUAGGAGACAGAAGAAGCUUGUUGGUGACGGAUAAACGCUGACACCGAGCCAGGGGGCGGCGGGGGGAGGUAUCGCGGGGGCGGCGAGACAAAGGAGUGAGUUGACUGUCGGCCACGGCACCUUCAGAGUGUUACGACUCGCCGACCAAACUCUCAACGAUUGGUUGUCCCGUGUUCGUAGACGCACGCUCACGCGGUACCAGCAUCGACAUCAGCAGCGUCAGCGGUGGCGGCUGCAGCAACGGCAAUACCAAGAGCGGUGGUGGUGGUGGUGGCGGCAGUGGCGGCAGUGGCGACAACGUGCGUGGUGGCCCGGCCUCACUCACUCUGGCCCCGCGCUCACAGACUCACUCACACGCCGGCUGCCGUGCGUGAUACUACCCUCCCGCGGCCUGCCUCCGUCCGGCGCCACCACCCUCCCGCGGGCACACCUACGCCCGCCCACCAGCCCGGCCAGUUCCUAGCUCGUGCCUUGUCGCUCCACCGCCUUGGAGGAGGACACCACCCACCCGUCCACCUCAUCCGUCUUGGAAUUAAGGCUUGCGUUCAUGUGACAAAUAAUAAUAUGGAUUCCGCCCAAAUUUAUGAUGAAUGGAAACUGAUAUUUGAAAGAAAAUCUACGUAUUUAUGUUUUUCGUUUUAUGUUAAUUAUUAACUACAAUUACACCUGUUUAAUAAGUUGCCGGAAGUGUUGUCCGCCCCAUCCAUGAACUCAACGCAAGGCCGUGGUUGUCAGUUGAUCUACGGGCGGCAGUGCACGAGAAGAGUCGGUGCCGUCAACAGUGCUUCGCGGCCCCACCUGGAUCCAGAGCUAUUUCCUGGGGCCGGGCCUCACACUCUCUGUCAGGCGCGCUCAGCUGACCGUGCCAGUAACAAACAGGUGGUUGCGCAGAAGACAGCCAGGACUGUGCGCGGGAGGCCAGCUGGACAGAUCUGUUUUGUGUGUGCAUAAGAACAAAAGUGAUCACCUUGUGGAAAACUCCAGUGAUAGUUUACCAUUAAGAUAUUUGCGACUAAAAAGAAAUAGAUAAAUAGUAAUCAGACAAGAUUCUAACUCUUCCGGUGACCAGCACUCGAAGGAAAAGUAAUGAGUGCUAUGAAAAUGCAUUAUUCCACAGCCACGCCCCCUUCCUUCCCCAUGCCCCGUAACUUAUUCUUUUCCAACCUGGACGAAGUAAGACGCCCAUCAACGCCCCACAACGGCCACUACGCCCACGCAUCGCCUCGUCCUGCUGAGGCGGCGCUGGUGUGGCCUCCGGGUGGGGAGGGGUCACACAACAAGGGGGCGGGGGUCGCGGGCGGCGUGGGCGGGUCCUCGCCGCCCACGUCCCAGCAGGCGGCGCCCCAGGGUUUGGUGCACUGGAUGAGCGUCAUGGCGGAGCACAUGAACAACCCCCACCAUGAUGCUGUGCACUACAUGUGGAACGGCGUGGAGAGCAAAAUGAAUGCCACACCUGACCAACAUAACUCAUCCUCACCCAUGCAUAAAGCCUUGCCGAGUCCGAGACGAACUGAACGUGAUAACGACGGAGAGGACAGUAUAGAGGGAUGGACUCGGCGCCCCUCGGCUUACGGAUUCGCAUGGCAGCCACAUGGAGGUGUGUUAUGUCAUCCCAACAACCUCGACGACCGGCUGGAUGGGCGGGGACUCGAAAUCCCGCACAACAUGGCGCCAGCGUCCCUCUACGCCCGCAGUAACGGGUCAGCGUCGUCCGCCUCGCCGCCCACGGUGUCCACGCCCUCCAUGCUCAUCGUCCCGCAGCCCAUCAAUGCCGCCAAGAUGCCGCCCACACCUCCAGGCAUCGGACAGAACCCGCCCAACAACGGAUCAGCCCGGAAGUACCAGUGCAAGAUGUGUCCACAGAUAUUCGGUAGCAAAGCGGACUUACAGCUCCACACUCAAAUCCACAUGAGAGAGGCCAAGCCCUACAAGUGUUCUCAGUGUUCCAAAGCCUUCGCCAACUCUUCAUACUUGUCACAGCACACACGCAUCCACCUGGGAAUCAAGCCCUAUCGUUGUGAGAUCUGCCAACGCAAGUUCACCCAACUCUCUCACCUGCAGCAGCACAUCCGCACCCACACGGGCGACAAGCCUUACAAGUGCCGUCACCCGGGCUGCAACAAGGCAUUCAGUCAGCUGUCCAACCUACAGAGCCAUUCCCGAUGCCACCAGACUGACAAGCCAUACAAGUGUAACUCUUGUUACAAAUGUUUUGCGGACGAGGCCUCUCUUUUGGAGCACAUUCCCAAACACAAGGAGAGCAAACAUCUCAAGACUCACAUUUGCCAGUAUUGCGGCAAAAGCUACACACAAGAAACCUACCUGCAGAAGCAUAUGCAGAAGCACGCUGAGCGGCCAGACAAGAGGCCUUCCCUCACAGCCCAUGGAAUUCGACAGGAUAAUCCUUAUUGGCCCAAGCCAGAGUCCACCGCCCUCGAAGCCAUGGACAGCCGCAUGUCGGAGACUUGUCUUCAAAACUCUCUAGACCCUACCCGCCACCUGGUCUCUUCCCGCGAGCACAUUGACCACCGCCCCGAGGAGCUCCGCCACACCCCCGCCCACAUGCCAGCUUCCAACAUGUCUUACGACGCUAUUGCCACCAAAACGUCGUCAGCAUUCACACCGAUCCAGACGAGUAUGUUGCCCAUCAGUGGAGGCACCCAGCUGUCCAUGGCGUCAUCAUCACAGCGCUACUUCCCCUACGAGCCCAUCAGCUUCCCCAAGACGCACACACAGAUGCCCUCCAUGGACGUCAAACCAAAUCAGUUCCCGAACCAGCUCAUCUCUCUCCACCAGAUCCGUAAUUACGCCCACCAGCCCACUAUGAGCUCCGACUUGCUCCUCAAGGACAAGGGUGUCACUCAAUAGUGUGCAGCGUGGAGCGCGGGCCACAACCAGGCCCCGAUGUCGACUGGGAGUGGGUCGCGCUUGGCGGCCCGCGACUCAGGCGCUUCCCUACGGUGCUGGGGCCGCAGCGUGUGGACCGAGCCAGUAGGAGGGGCUGAAUACAGGGUAUUGAUGGCACGGGGCGGGGGCACGGGAGAGGGAGCCGCCUGGCAGCAGCAGAAGCGGCUGUGGCCACCACUCCCAGCAAGAGCCCAGUGACGAGUUGUGAUACGUGCCUGGUGAUAGCUGGACGAGGUCUGAAAGACAAGUCGCCUGACUCUAAGGAACGCUCGCUUAGCAGGAAAACGUUAGUGUAAAUGUGCAAUAACCACACUAAAUCGCAUGACGACACUCAUGUCGCAGGAACUGCUUCUCACGUAUGUCUGUAAAGACUGGCACAGUAAGGACUGGCCGGUACGGUUGUGGAGGUGUGAGUAACUGGAGAGGGAAGGGGACGAGUGGAGUUAAGGCGAGGUGGUGGUAGUGGAGCUCUGGACUCCCAUUUGUAGCACCAACAGCACCUACAGCAACAAACAGCAGCCACGUGCUGUCCCGUACAAACCCACCAGAAUACAGUUCACGUUCCUCUUCACUGUUACAGUGAGCAACUCUCCGAUAUCGUGAUAGCUAAACAAGCAAUACUGUUACUAGUUAUGGUGCCUUCCACCAUCCAUCGAAACCCAUAGAACUCCCCAAACUGAAUUUUCUUUGACCGUAGCACAAAACUUAAGUUAGGUUACUUUCAAACUCUAUACGGGAUUUUCUACAACAGUGGUGUAUUUUCUUAUUUUUGUCACUUGAUGCUAUUUUCAGCCAAGCGUCCGGACUUGCUCAGUGGCGGUGGAUGAACCCAGCCACCGACACCAAAUUAUUCACAAACCUGAGGACCCUCAGUCCCUUGUGAUAACGUCUUUAACAGGUCUCACUGAACACGCCGGGACGCCAGUAUAAAGUUUCAUUUUUGUAAGUUCUACCUCUAAGAGUAUAGACGGUUCCAGAUUACAUUUUUUUCACUUACAAAAUUUCUGCCAGUUGGCCCCCUGUCCUCGGGUCUCUCGGCCCUGGCGUCUGGCAAGGUCUCCCCUCCCCCCUGAGUCCCUACUGCUUGGACAAGGACUCUUAACCCUAAACCUCGUUGCCCACGAUGACUGCCCUGCGAACUCGCGGGCAGUGCUAACCUCCUCCAUCCAGGAAGUAUACGAUUAUUUCUACGUUUGUCUCGUGUGUGUAUCAAGUAAAGUCUGAAGUCUCUAGUAGUUGCAGGUUCCCCAUAAUGAAACAUAUGGGUCUCAAGAAGAGCUUCUGGCAGACUCAAAAAUAUGUGUUUUUUAAAGACUCACUUUAGAUAUUGUUAGUCUAUUGAUUUAUUUUUUCUCCGACCAAACCAGUGAUCGAGACCGAUUUGACGGCUCGGCAUUCGGAAGACUGUAGAUUUCCGGUGAAUCCUGCCAGGGGUUCACGCCUCAUGACCUUCAAUUCUCAGACCUCACUUGAGUCGACUUUGUAAAGGCAAUCAGGGGCCAAGCAUCAAAACUCCACAUGUUACAGUAUACAGCACUUCCCGAUAAUCUACAUUCUUCCGCCAACACUUACAGGUACUUAACACUUUGACUUCAGAAUCUAAGGACACUACUUUUGUAUGUCGCAAAAGUUCUGUAUUAUGCAUGGGUAGAAGGUUAUGAAAAAAAGUACUUAGUAGGGUACAUAGCUAAUAACGACUCGUUACUCUGUUUCCUUUUUGUACUUACGACUAUAGGGAGUGAAAUAAUAGGAUAAUGUUGGUUCGUUUUUUUCUAUAUAUUUGCAUGGAUAAAUAGACUAGCAACAUCUUCUGUCGUAUAUAUUAUAAAAAAAAGAUAACGUGAUGUUCAUAGACAAAGAAGGUUUAAAAAAAAGUUGUCUGAGUGGAUGUGUGAGUGCGUUGAAGGAGAGUUGGGAGACGAUGAUGUACUCUUGCCCACCGCCGCGUCGUGGUAGGCAACAGCAUCCUUCGGGCCGCAUUGUGGACACGCGCUGAGGCUGCGCCGCGCCAACACUGGUGUCCAAGUUUCUCUCUACAUCAAUCUGAAGGGAUUCUAGCAGUGAAAAUUUAGCAAAAAUUCAAGUAAAUAAGACCGACAAGCUUAAACAUUGAUCACCUCCGCCACAGCCUUCCGGAUCUUCCAUACGGCCCUUAGAAUGUGAGUCAUGAGUGAUAUUUUGUACAGUAGCCGCAGUGAAGUCCAACCUCCCCAGAUGAUAUUAUUGUAAGUGAAACUUUACAUCAAAAUGUGUUUGCUCAACAUAGCUACUUGUUCGUUUGGCACGUUAAGAAUGUUUGUGUUGUUGUUAAUUCAAGUGUUGACUGUUAUAAACGGCUCACAAGUCACACUCGAGGGGGGUUCUUGUACUCGGUCUGGCCAGCUUGGCACGCCGCUACCGUGGGGGACGGGAGCCUCACUGGCCCCGCCCCGCCCCGGGAAGGCGAGGCCAUCCUGGUUUUUCCGGGCACCAGAGCUCCUCUUUCUGGGGAGCCUCUGUAAAGCUAAAAGUCCAGAGCCUCAGUUGGACUCUUUUGAAUGUCCAUCCUCAAACCGCGCAGGGUCGUUCUGUCUAGAAAUCAGUCCUUCCCUCAGGAUGAGCUACACCCUGAGGGAAAUAGGGAGCUGUAAGAGCGAAAGCUGCCUCACCAACCCUCCGCGCCCUCAGUCACCCACCGCAUCCCUGUUACCCACGUGGCUUAGACAUGUUGCAUGACACAAAAACUGGAUAAUACCAGUUGUGUUAGUCACCAAGUUACCUCAUCCCUCCCUUUUCAAUGCCACAAACCCUUGACAAAGCAAAAACUCUCUGUUCGGGUCACUUACCUUUACCGCAGGUUGAAGGACCAGUAAAGAUUUACACAAUGGACACUUAGCGGCUUCUACGACGAGAUACUAAUCUAAGGAUAAAGAAAAAAAGUCUUAUUUUCUUUUGUUUUGACUCAUAUAACUUUAAACAGCUUUGUGAUAAUGGCCCUUCUCGUUCCACCCCUUCCUCUGCAGCCCACUUCACUCCUCCAUUCACUCCUUUUCCCUCUCAUGUUCGAUCUAAGGCUCUGGACUGGCAAGGCUCACCCGCUCGUCCUCGCAGUAUGGGUGAUCGCUGCGUGCAUGGCUUAACUUGAAACCUUCAAGAGCUUUUUUUGUUGAGUCAAAACAAUCGGUGUCAACCCUGUGAAUUCAGCCUGUGUUGUCCCCUCUCCCUGCUGAUGAUAUGUCUGUGUCUGCUCGUAGUCCCUGUGUACGUGUCCGACCCUAUCCUUGGCUACCUCGUUUUUUUAUUCUUUUUCAUAGCUCCUUCGCUGCAUACCUUGUCUUCCUCGCUCUCUUUAGUUUUGGCGGCUUGGCCAUGGCCAUUACCACCGGCCAUCAUUGCGGCAGCCCGGCCUGGGACAUAUUACACUUCCUCAGCCUUUCUCCCUCCCAGACGCGGUUCCCAGCAUGACGUUUAUGUAUUCAGCUUUGAGUCCGUUCGUUCAAGAUUAAUCGUGACUAAAAAUAAUUCAGUACCACACAUUUUAUCAACGAUGUUUUUAAUAAUUAAGAAAUCAUUUUCACUGAUUUUCUUUGUUAUCACUGUUAACUCAAAAAUAAUGGGGCGCCUCGAGAGGUGUGAUAACGUUCUAUGCGUGAAGGUAACCUGUGACGGCUGGCGCGGCGGCCAGGCAGGACACAUACCGCCCUCCCCGCCGCCGGCCUGGCUGCCUCGGGGACCUUUUCGUUGCUCACAGUGUGUAACGCUGUCUAAAUUGCCUAAGUUUAGCUCCAAGGCGUGAUCUAACUUGCCGCCCGGUAACCUCUGGGUGGCCUCGACGCACCGCUAAAGGUGCAGGAGGUGCACAUUGUGGAGAAGCUCCGCGGAAUCAGCAGCCGCCGCUUGGACGCUUUCCGGUCACAGUUGUUAACAGCUCCGGUGAGAAAAUGAUGAGGGCAUCUGAUGCCAUCCGGUGAAAGGAAAUGAAAGCCUCAUUUGCGCUAAGUAAACUAACAAAUCUCUGAGAGUGUACGCCUCGUUGACCUGAGUGCUGAGAGUCGCUCCAUGGAACCCCGCGAGUAGUGAGCGGCCUAUCUUGUGCGUCCUUGCGCCGCCCAGAAUCUGGAUUUUUAGUUGAACUGAAAGAAAACAUGAUUGCUAUGGUGCUGCGUCCCUGUUCUGGUUGGUUAUCAUUUGUUAUCCAGAUGUUGCAUUUUAGUACCAAGUUUACCGUUGUUCCACACGUUUCCGUUGUCAACAGGUGAGGGCAAGAGCAGUCCUCAUCUCUUUAGGCUGUUGAGAAAGAUUACAAAUGGUUUCGUUGCCCUACUGCGGUAGUGGAGUGUAGUACAAAGUAGGCUGAGUAAGAUUAAGCUUAGAUUUAACAUGUUAAUUGGUGGAAGGAUCUUUCUCAAUGAGCACAGACCCAGGAUUACUUUCUUGACACAAAGAGUCGGGUGGUGCAGUGUCGACGCUCUCACCUCCAGUAUCCAUGACACUUGGCUAAGUCCGCACGUUCCCCUCCCCCGUCGCUGGGGACCAUUUUUACAGGGUAUUUUAUUAUAUUAUUGACUCUGUACCCACCCCACUACUACCUCCACCCUCGUGUAUCUCGCUUGUGCGUGUAGCAGACACGCUCAGUGUUGCCUGGGAUGCCACUUCCCAUUUUCUGUAGUUAUAGAUAAUUUUUAUUCGUUAUAUUUGAUUGCUCUCCUGCCUCCUGUGUGCCCCGCUUGGUCGAUGCUUGUUUGCGGAUGAACGGAUGGAAGUUGUUUUUUAAAGCACAUCUCCUUGUAGGUAAUAUUCGUAGUGACCAUAGAUUUUUUUUCUCUAUAUAUCUCUCCCACUAUCAAAUUUGUGAUAGCGCAAACUCGUUAUAUACAUAGUGUUAUGUUAAAGGGAUGAUACCAUUGGUGGAGAAAACCUCGAGCACGGGGACGAGCUGGGCUACAAGUUAUGCGCACUGAAUGUAUUGUAAUAUAGUUCUAUUAACUCUGUGUUCCUGAAGGGUUAAGAAUGGUGGAGCUGUUGUCGUGUUUCUGUACAAUUAUUAUGUUUGUUCAGUCUUGUAAGCAUUAACUGUUUAUUGUGUUAACGAGUACUUUUUUUUUUAAGGCAAAGAUUGAGAUUCAAAUACUGUACAUGAAAUUCUGCAAACAUGCCAUGUAAUAAAGAAGCAAAUUAGGGGCCUUUUAGAGCAUAACAGUAAUUGUAAUUAAUUUCCAUAACACAUUUCAGUGUAGCAUUUUGAGUAGAAGUUAUAUAUUAUGUGAUUUAUUAUUUUUUUUAUUAGUACUCAUAUUGUCAUUAUUAUUAUUAUUGUUAAAAGAUUUUCAUAGCUAUUAUUAUUAUUAUUAUUAUUAUUAUUAUUAUUAUUAUUAUUAUUAUUAUUAUUACUAUUUUAUUGUUAUUUUUCUAUUAUUUUCAUCAUCAUCACUUGAUACUGUAUAUUGAGCCUGGUUAUCGUGUUAUUGCCACUGUAUCAUCAUUAUUACCAGUAGAGGGCACAGGUCUGGCAGUGAUUGUACAUUUUAGCACCAUCUGCAGGUGUGCCAUUAGAGAUCUUGCUAUUUUGUUUCUUUAUUCUUGUUGGAAUUUAUUUCUUUUCCUUCCUGGUAGAAUUGGGAACAUGGUUUAUUUUCAUUACUUUUAAAAUUAUGAUUAUCAUAGCGUUCAUGUCAUCCCAUAGGCGUUUCUAUAUUUUCUUCUGUCUCGUUCUUAUUAUUUUACACAUUUAAAUUUCUUUUUUAAUAUUAAUUUGUGUUUGUAGAAUAAUUAAAGUCACCCAUGUA